ACAAACACAGCCAUCACUAUUAGUCCAAUCAAAUCCGGGUAAUUGUUGCUUAUGGCAACAGUGAUUAUGGAUUUUUCUGGAAAAUAAAAUACAAGGAAUCGGGCAGUAUUUUAUAUUCAUUUAACAAACCAAACUAGAAGAGCAGAAAAAUUCUUUUAAUUUUUGAACUGUUAGACAUGUCAGAUUGGGAUACAGUGACAGUCCUACGUAAGCGAGCUCCAAAGGCCGGUGCCUUAAAAACCGAAUCGGCCAUUAAUUCGGCACGUCGCCAGGGUGUACCAAUUGAAACCCAACAAAAAUAUGGCGCCGGUACCAACAAACAACAUGUGACGACUAAAAACACUGCUAAAUUGGAUCGUGAGACAGAAGAGCUGCGGCAUGAGAAAAUACCGCUCGAAGUGGGUAAAUUAAUUAUGCAAGGACGUCAAGCUAAGGGUUUGAGUCAGAAAGAUUUAGCUACAAAAAUUUGUGAAAAGCAACAAGUCGUCACCGAUUAUGAAGCUGGAAGGGGCAUUCCGAAUAAUAUGAUAUUGGGUAAAAUUGAAAGAGUGAUUGGCAUAAAGUUGCGUGGAAAAGAUCGCGGCCAACCAUUAGCGCCUCCCGGUAAGAAGUGAGAUAAUACUUCAUCUGCUGCUUGAACUAUUUAUUGUUGGCGUUAAAGAAAUCUAUUAUAGAAAUGUUGAGCGUAGAGAGAAAUGUAACGUCGCUAGUCAAUUUAAAUAUAUUUACACACAAACUACAAAAAAAAAAA